AUGGCUUUGAACUUUCCAGGCUCUGACGAAGGCGAUAACGCCGAAACGUCAAUCGUUUGCUUUGUUCUAUUUCUGGCUGGUUGGACUUACGUUGAAGGGUUCGACAAAAAUAGGUAUCAGUCAUGCACUGGAUGGCACGUAUUUAUGAAGACUCGCCACUGUUACAAAAUUUUCCGCGAAACAGCCAAUUGGGAAAAUGCAAAAAAGUUUUGUGAAAGUAUUGGUGGUCAUCUCGCGGUAGCUAACUCUAUAGAAGAACACGAAUUCAUGAAAGCAUUACAUCUACUGAGCUUCAAUAAGGGUAGAACAUGGAUUGGAUUUCGUCGCGAUAAAACAGCCAAAACUGGUUGGAGAUGGGUAGACGGUUCGACACAAAUGUUUAACGUUUGGCACCAAGGGGAACCAAACAACGAAGCUGGAAGAGAAAAUUACGGAAAUCUGGAAUCUGACGGCCUAUGGAACGACAAUGAACUUAAUGCGUGGCAGGAGAAACUGGGUGUUAUGUGCGAAUCGGAAAACUGCGGUGAUGGCCUCCAAGCAAACUAA